GUGGGGGGCUUCAGGGUCCUGAGCGGGAGCUGAGGACCAUGUGUGGCAGGGAGGCCAGAGCACAGGAGGGACCCCCGGGCAGCCUUCUGGGGGCCGCUGGGGGGGCAGGUGCAGAGGGAGUUUCCAUCCAGGGUGGUCCUGCUGCCCGAGGCCAGGUGAUGGGGCCCGCUCGAGUCCCAGGUGCAGGGGAGGGCGUUGGAAUCCCGCCCGUCCCCCCUGGGGAGGACGGGAGGGGCACUGACGCCAUGCGCCCCCCCCAGCCCCGCCUAGGCCAGGGGCUGAGGAGGAGGCAGCUCUAGUGGGGGAGGACAGGGUGCUGUGGGCUGGAGGGACCCCGGGUCCUGACGGGCACCUUAUCAGUGGUGCCAGGCAGGGCCAUCCCCAGGGUGGGGGCAGCAUCUCCCUGGCCCCUGUUAUCAGUCCCAGAGUCCACAGGACGCUCCUCGGGUUAACGUGUAACCACAUGCUGUCCCUUCCACCCCCAGAGCCACCCGUGCCCACAUACGCACCUCUCUGGGGGGUCAUAGGCCAACAUGGACGCCUGGGAAGAGGGUCCGUCCCAAAAGCGUUGCUUCUCAGUCCAAACCAGCCAUCCUGGAUCAGCGCCCUUGUCAAGUGCCUGCCCGUCCUGUGCCUGGUGGCCUUCCUGCAGGCGGCGCGCUCCGCCCGGGGCUACAGGGCGCUCCUGCAGGCCGCCCUCCUGUGCUCGGCCGCGGGGGACGCCUGCCUCGUCUGGCCGGAGGCCUUCCUCUGCGGCGUGGCGGCCUUCACCGGGGCGCACCUGCUCUACCUGUGGGCCUUCGGCCUCCGCCCCCUGCGGCCAGGCCUCCUGCUGCUCGUCGCCCCCGCCCUGCUGCUCUACACGGGCGUCCUGCUGCUGCACCUGCCCCCGGACAUGGCCCCCGUGUUGGUGACCUACUCGCUGGUCCUGGCCUCCAUGCUGUGGCGCGGCCUGGCCCGUGGCGGGAGCGCCCGCUGGGGGGCCCUGCUCUUCACACUCUCGGAUUCGGUGCUGGCCUGGGACGCCUUUGCCCAGUCCCUGCCCCACGCCCGCCUGGUGGUCAUGACCACCUACUACGCCGCCCAGCUCCUCAUCGCCCUGUCCGCCUUCCAGAGCCCCAGGCCCAAGUCCCACUGACAGGGCGGCGGGGCAGCCACGGGCCCCUCCCCCCGCCAAGGCCCUGGGCCUCCCAGACUGACCGGCCUGGCCAGGGACGCCCCCUGCAGGCUCCUGGACUCCUGUCUGCGGGGGUCCGUCCGGUCCCCCCAGAGGCUCAUGAGAAUCCACUGUAUCACCAAGUGCCUGCCGCCUUCCCUCUGUCCCGACUCUGGAUUCCAGACCCUCAACCAGACCCGCCUGCCUCCCACCUGCCCCCAUGUCCACCCGCCCCCUUCCCUCUGGCCCUGAUCUAGCCUGUGCCCAAGAAGUAAAGUGCUCACUGAAAUGGCGCCAUCUCCAGUAUUUGGGGGGGGCCCUGGGGGAGGGGUGCU